UUCUGUGCAACAUCCACACUGCUGGCAUCAAGAACAGGAAUGUAGAACCUGGAAUGAUUCAGAUUCUUUUGUGUUUGAUGAAUAUCAAUGUAGACAUUUAGACCAAUGGCUGGAGAGCUCUUCAACACUAGAAGAUUCUAGGCCUCUUUCUAGUUGCCCUGACUGGGAAGGUAGAAUUGAAGAAGGCAAAACAAUGAGGACAUCAAAUAAAAAAAAGGCAAAUUCUGUUUCAAGUGAUUCUGCUAAUCCAGCUGAAAGGGAAACAGAUGAAGUGGUUCUGAGGAGAAGACAAAAACAGAUCAAUUUUGGAAAGAAUACCCUUGCAUAUGACAGAUACAUUAAGGAAGUUCCAAAGAAUCAGCGAAUACCAGGAGUUCAUCCUAGAACUCCCAACAAAUUUAAGAAGUACAGCCGUAGAUCCUGGGACCAGCAGAUCAGGCUGUGGAAGAUAGCACUGCAUGCCUGGGAUCCUCCUACUGAAGAAACCUGGGAUCUGCAGCCAGUUUCCUGUUCUCCCGAUUCUUCCCCGGUAUGGAAACGCAGAAAAAGAAACAAUUCUGACUCCUCUGUGGUUUCAAAGAGCAAAAACCAUUAUGUGCAUAUGUACCACACACUGGAAAGUCUUACUGAAUCAGGACAUCAGGAGGCUUUUUCAAAGUGCUCAGAGUGGGAAGCCUUUGGUGAAAAUGACGAA